AUGAAGGGCUACGAAGAGUUCCCGCUGGUGCAGACGAAGAUCGUGGAUGUCUUCAAGAUCCAGCAGAGGUCGACGCUGGCAGAGCUGAAGAAUCGGAAACCCCGAGCCCGGACCCGGCGCAGCGGCUCGGCAGAUGGCGUCGCUGGCGACGGCGCUGACGGCGAUGGGAGCCGCCUCAGCUACGAGCUGACGUACCAGACCGGCAUGGCGCCGCGGUCAAAGAACCGCGCGGUGCUGGAGGCCUGCGGGAUGCAGGUGCUGACCAGGGAGGACGCGGAGACGCUGGCGACGUGCCAGCGGAUGAUGGCGAGCGGGGAAUGGCCGCCGCUGGUUGUGGCGUACGACCCCGUGGAAGGGUUCACCGUGGAGGCGGACCGCUCCAUCCGAGACCUCACCAUCAUCAGCGAGUACGUUGGCGACGUCGACUUCCUCCGCAACCGGGAGCACGACGACGGCGACAGCAUGAUGACGCUGCUGUCGGCGGCAUAUUGCCGGCACGCAGCCUCGGAGGGGAGGAAGAAGGAGAACGUCACGUGCGUGCGGUUCGGCGUGGGCAGCGACUGCCGGGAGCUGCUGGUGGCCAACAGGGACAUCUCCAGUGGGGAGAGGCUCUACUAUGACUACAACGGCUCGGAGCACAAGUACCCCACGCACUAUUUCGUGCGAUCAAGUGCAGUGGAAGGUCCAGCUCCCCUGUCCCUGUGGUGGCUGCUGAUCUGCUGUGGUCAGUGGAAGCUAAGCUUGACAAGGGAGGAGGGCGUUGGAGUGGCGGCAUGGACGCAUGGUCUAAUCUCUAAUGAUGUCAAUAUCUAA